AUGGCCCUGAGAUUGAUCUUUCCAUCCACGUCUAUGGCAUCGGAGGAUUCACCAGCACGCUCACGAAACUCGUUAACUUAUUUAAUGCGAUGUAUCUUCUAUAUAGGCAUACGAAAGCCGCCGCAGCGCUUCUUUGUCAUCUACAUCCUGUGGUCGCUGGUCCUCAAUAUAAACUCGACCUUCUACCAACCUAUUGGCUUCGUGAUCGGUGUAAUCAUUAACCUGAAAGAGUUUUCGCCUGGCGAGUUUCUCACCUCAUUACAGGUAGUAUUCAAUGUGUGGACGUGCGUGAUCAAGGUGCUGAUUCUAUGGGCCCUGCUCAAGCGUUUGGACCAAGCAGCAGUCCUGCUGGAUAAAAUGGACAAGCGCGUGACUCAGCCGAGUGAGAGACGGAUGAUACAUCGGGCCGUUGCACAGAGCAAUCGCGCCUUCUUACUGUUCUUGGGCGUUUAUAUCAGCUAUGCAACGACUACAUUUCUAUCUGCCGCCAGGCAUGGUCGCCCUCCUUAUCAGAACUACUUUCCGUUCCUGGAUUGGCGAGCCAGCGCUUGGAAAUUUUGGUUGCAAACGUUUCUCGAGUAUUUUGCAAUGCUUGGCGCCUGCUUUCAGGAUGCCUGUGUUGAUUGUUAUGCAAUUAGUUUUGUGCUACCAUUGCGAGCUCAUGUCAAUCUUUUGGCGAACCGUUUGCGUCAGCUUGGCCGAACUACCAACGAUACCCUGAAUUCGGAGCAGCACUAUCAGGAGCUUAUCAAUUGUAUACUGGAUCAUAAGCUUCUUUUGCGAUAUGCUGAUGUUAUAAGCCCUGUUAUAUCGGGCACUAUUUUCGUUCAAUUGCUGGUAGUGGGUGUAGUGCUGGGCCUAACACUGAUCAAUCUUGUUUUCUUUGCAAGCGUAAGCUCUGGUAUUGCUGCUUUUUUUUUCUUAAGCUCUGCAUUGAUUGAGACAACGCCAUUCUGUAUACUCUGCACCUAUUUGACACAUGAUUGCAACAAUCUUUCGGAUGCCCUCUUCGGGUCGGGGUGGAUGGACGAAGAGCAGCGGUAUAGGAAGACCGUACUCUAUUUUUUACAGAAGCUGCAGCAGCCUAUCAGCUUCAAGGCUAUGGGAAUCUUCACUAUAUCUGUGGGCACGAGCAUUAAGGUGACGAAAUUUGGAUUUUCAGUGUUCGCAUUGGUUAAGCAAAUGAACUUAGCGGAAAAGAUGUUAACGAACAAGAAAUAG